AUGACGACGGCGGAGGCCAUGGCGGCACGACGGCCCUCUCCACCGCGCGGUGGAGGAGGCGUCCGCGGCACCAGGGCGGCAUCGCGGAACCGCCCGCGCGCGCGCCCACGCGGUGGCCAUGGCGGGGUGGCCUCCGCCGGCGGCCCUCCCACCUCCCUCUGCCGGAUUCGGAAGUCCGCCGCACCGGCGGCAGGGGCCCCUCCUCUCCACCUCGAGCGCGCCGGGCAGGGGCCCCUCUCCGGCGGCCUCGAGCUCCGCUGCGCUAGGAAGAGGGCGGGACCGGGGUCCGCGGCACUAGGGCGGCACCGCGGAACCGCCCGCGCGCGCCCACGCGGUGGCCAUGGCGGGGCGAGCUCCGCCGACGACCCUCCCACCUCCCUCUCCCGGAUUCAGAGGUCCGCCACGCCGGCAGCAGGGGCCCCUCCUCUCCACCUCGAGCGCGCCAGGCAGGGGCCCCUCUCCGGCGGCUUCGAGCUCCGCCGCGCCGGGGAGAGGAUGGGGCCGGGGGCAAGCACCGCAGCCGCGCACGUAGGAGGGCCGGCGAGUCAGCAGCGCGUGGGCAUGGCUCCGGCAGCGGCCUCCUCCUCUCUCUGUGUGUCCUCUCUCUGCCCUCUCGGCCGGCGAGCUUGCAGGACGGCGAGCGGCGGCCGGUGCCACGCGGUGCAGUAG